AGUUUGCAACAAGCUAGGAAACGAGCUGCGAGGACGUUCAAUGAAAGGAAAAUGUCCCGUGCAACAACACAUGAGUUGGGCAAACCCCUGGAUGGUGGUUGGGGUUGGAUGGUGGUCAUUGGGGCCCAUAUUUCCAUUGGAUUUGCCUACUCCAUGCCCAAAGUCCUCUCUAUUUUCUUCAAGGUGAUACAGGUGGACUUGCAGGCCAGCUACAGUGAAAUAGCAUGGAUUUCCUCUAUUAUGCUGGCUGUCAUGUAUGCAGGCGGACCAGUGAGCAGCAUGUUGGUCAAGCGCUUUGGAAGCCGGCCAGUAGUGAUGACAGGUGGACUGAUGUGUGGCGUCGCUAUGGUAUCUGCUUCUUUUGGGAACUCCAUCGUAUUCCUCUACUUUUGCAUUGGCGUCAUUGGUGGUUGUGGACUCUCCUUAAACCUGAAUGCAUCUCUCACCAUCAUCAGCAAGUAUUUUCUGGCAAAACGCCCUUUAGCCAAUGGACUGGCCAUGGCUGGAAGCCCGGUAUUUGUGUGUUUUCUUGCUCCUCUCAACCAAUAUUUACUGAACACGUUUGGCUGGAGAGGAAGUUUCCUUAUCCUUGGUGGUUUGAUGCUUAACUGUUGUGUUGCUGGAGCCCUGAUGAGGCCGGUUGUUCCGCCUCGAAACUCAUCCUCUGCACCUCAAAAGCAAGUGGAGGAACAGCCAAGUAACUGCAACACUAAGCUAAAAGGAAACUGUAUGAAAACUACUAAGUUCUUGGAUUUGUCCUUCUUCAAGGAUAGAGGCUUCAUCAUUUACCUCAUUGGGAAUGUGAUGUACAUCUUUGGUGCCUAUGCACCCAUUGUGUUCCUGUCAGCCUAUGCUAUUAGUCAGGGUGUAGAGGAGUACUCUGCAGCCUAUCUGCUCUCCAUCAUGGGCUUUGUGGACAUGUUUGUUAGGCCUGCCACUGGCCUGGUAGCCAACAACAAGUGGAUCAGGCCCAGAAUUCAGUACUUUUUCGGCUUUGCCAUGGUUUUCAACGGCAUGUGCCACUUGCUGUGCCCACUGUUCACAAGCUAUGCCUUCCUGGUGGUCUACGCAGUAUUUUUUGGUGUGGGUUUCGGCAUGGUUUUUGCCCUGAUUUUUGAAUGCCUGAUGGACCUGAUGGGAAAUGAACGUUUCCCCAGUGCUGUUGGACUGGUCACCAUCAUUGAGUGCUUCCCCAUGCUACUGGGACCACCUGCUGCAGGGUUACUGGUGGACGUCUUUGAUGACUACAAGUACCUUUUCUACAUGUGUGGCACAGUGAUUGUGGCUGGUGGGCUUUUCCUCUUUGUCAUGAACAUCUACAACUACCGCAUGCUGGAAAAAGAGAAGGCUGCGAAGGACAGAAAAACAAAAAACUUAGAGAACCAGGAGCAGGAGACCAUCUCAGUGUCAGAGAUGCAACAGACUGCUUAAGGGCAGCAGGGGAGCGAACUGAGCCCGAGGCUAAAGAUGAAAAAGGCCCCGGGGGAGAGACAUGACCAGAGAGCGCCGAAGGCACCAAAUUAAAUGUCACUUCUCUACUAAGUUUGCAUGUUAGAGACAUGGGUGUGUGGGUGGUAAUGCAAUGUGGUGGAACAACAGUCAACAGUCUGACAGAGCUAUCCCUGAAAACACCAAACAUUUGCUAGAUCCAACUUCUGAAAUAUGCUGCAUUGCUCAGUUUUAAAAAUGUAUUUUCCUAUUGGAGAAGAUGUCACAAUGGACUCUAUAAUAUAUUUUCAGACUUUAUCAAUGAAAUGUUGAACCAAUUACUUGAAGAAAUAACCAAUUAAUUAAUUGAUUAUUUAAAAUUGAAUUGUUGCAUUCAUUCAUUCAUUCAUCCCUUCAGUUUGUGUGUCUGCCCACUUGAAUGC